AUGGUUGCUCUAUGUGAUCUGGCUGAGACCACAACAACUGAUGCUAUUGAUUCUUUCCUUGAAACACGUUUAGUUGUGUCUCAACUAUCUGAUGAGAGUUUGUUCCUAUCUCAAAUUCAAGUGAUUGUCGAGUCUUUUCAGGCUGAUACGCAGACUGCAUUUGGUCGUGAGAUCGAUGUGAUUGACGUGCUGAAACAAGGCAAUUUACUUGUAUCUAGUCUCGGCACCAGUAAUUAUUUCACAGCUUUCUAUGAUUACUAUUACCGAGAUUUUCCAGUAUACUCUACGUCUGAACAAUUUUUAGAUCAAAAUGAUGCUUGGGAGAACUGUCAAGUGAGUUCAAAAGGCACGAAUUUAGUCGCUGCUACAGAUACGCAAAAUAUCGCACAUUGGAUACCUGGUUGGCGUUUUGGAUGCUAUAUUGAUGAGGCACUCUUCGCUUCAACACUUGAAUGCUACUAUAAUAUAACAUGUCUCUCAUUACUUCGAAAUGUUUAUUCACUUCCACUCGAAGUACAAGUUCUUAAAGUUACUAAUGAUUCACGAUUCGCAGUAGAUACUACUAUUGGAACCAUCGUUCGACAGUUAUUUAUAGAAGACUUGGCGGCUACUUUCAAUUUUACCGGUUAUUUCAUGGCGUGUUUACCCUCGCAAUGUAUUUAUACAAUCGUAGAACGUCGUUCAAUCAUCACCGUUAUCACAACAGUCGUUGGCCUAUUAGGUGGUCUAACCAAAGCAAUUGAUUUAGUAGUACCGCGUGCUGUACGCUUCAUUCGUCGACAUGGUCAUAAAUGGAAGCGCAUCAUAAAAGUCAAACCGAAAAUAAACACAAAUACUACCGUCACCUGUUGA